AUGACAAAUUUUUGAUGUGACCAACAAUGUAACACAGCUGACUGUUUAUAUGAUAAUGGAUACUGUUUAUGCGCUCCAGGGUGCUACCCAGACUUAUUAGAAAAUUCUAAAUGUGAUUCUGUCUGUGCAUAUAAAUCAUGCAAUUAUGAUAAUCAUUUAUGUGGGGAUUGUGCUGCUAAUUGCUUCAACUCUAUGAUAAACAAUGGAAUUUGCGAUAGUGAAUGCAAUAACGAAGACUGUGGAUUUGAUGGAAAUGACUGUCCAUCGUGUGCUCCAGGCUGCCAUCUGGCUGAACUUGGGACUUGUAAGCCAGAAUGUUUAGUUUUAGACUGUGAUUUUGACCCGAGCUGCUAUAGUGUAAAUCUUAAUCUUAAUGCAUUAUAUGCUCAAAAGAUUAUGCAUGAUUGAAAUUAUCCACUCAAUACCCCUAAUAAUUGCUAUAAAAAUCAUGGUUGCUAUUUGAGCUAUUAUAAGUGGAGCUGAUCUUGUGACUACUCUUGCAAUUAUGAUGAUUGCUUUUAUGACUAUUUUCGAUGCUAUUCAGAUUCUUGCCCUGAUCCAAAUUGUCCUUUUUGCCUUGCUUCAAAUCUAAAAAUUUGCAAAUUGUGCUCAAAUAUUCAAUUUUAUGGAUUUUGUAUUGAUAAUUGUCCGAGAUAUUAUACGAAUUAUUAUCAUUCAAAAUUAAAUAUACAGCUGUGUAUCCCAAUUUCAGAUGGGAGCACAGAAGAAGUCCCAGAUGAAAGUUUUAUAAGUGCAGAGAAUGUAGAGCAAGGGGAUGGCUCAAUAGAUAAUCCAUAUAGUUCGCUGUCUUAUGGAUUUGCACAAUUAGCAUGAAAGUAUUCAGUUGUCUAUUUAAUGAAAGGCAAACAUAACUUAACGAUUGUUGUCGAUGAUAAAUAUUUGUUUGAGGCAACGACUUCAAGGCCCUUAUUUCGAGAGUCUGCUAACUCCCCCAGGGGUUAAUAUUUUUUUAAAAAUUUAUAAAAAAUCAAAUUUGUAAUUAUUGAAAAGCAAAAAUUAAUUUAAUUUGCGAAUUUAUGCUUUAAAAUGCAAGUUGUUCAAAAAUUACCAGAACUAGCUAGUGAUUUCAUUAUAUUAAUUAUUAUUUAUAUAUCAAAUUUUUACUUACUCCCCCCCCCCCCCCCCGUGAGAGCGAACAAAAAAAUUUUGUUCGCUCACGGAGGGGGGUUAAUUUUUUUUUUUUAAAAAAAAUUUAUAUAUAUAAAUUUUUAUAAAAAAUAUUUUUUUCGAAAUUUAAAAAAAAUCCUAAUUUGCAAAAAUUGGGAAGCAAAUAUUAAUUUAAUUUGCAAAAUUUAUGUUUUAAAACGCAAUUUGUUUAAAAUUAAACAGAAUUAGCUCUAGAUUUCAUUAUACUAAUUAUCACUUAUAUAUCAAAAUUUUUUUCCAUUAAAAUUUUUCUAUUAAAAAAAUUUUUGUUCACUCACGGAGGGUGGGUUUUUGGUCAAAAAAUGGCGAUUUUUCUAAUGGUUUUGUUCGCUCACGGAGGGGGGGGGGGGGAGUUAAUAAAAUUUUUCUAUUAAAAAUUUUUUUAUCGCUGACGGAGGGUGGGUUUUUGGGCAAAAAAAUAGGGGAUUUUUCUUAUUAUGGUUUUGUUCGCUCAUGGAAGGGAGUAAGCAAAUUAAAAUUAUUGUAAAGCCUUUAUAUUGCUCGAUUUAUAAUCACACCAGCUGUGUCGAUGAUAAUGAUAAAAUCACUAUUUUGGUUGAUACAUACCCAAUAACACUUGACAUACAAACUGAUGUAACUUUUGAAAACAUUAUUUUUGAUGGAAGCACAAAGUUUAGUCCUUAUUGCUCUGACUGCGAUUAUUGCAAGAAAUUAACUAUUAGUAGUGAGAAAAUUACUGAUGAUCAUGGUAAUAUACUUAAUUCUAGUUCUUAUGUCCCACAAUCCACUUGUACUCAAUUCAAUAGUGUCAACUUUUUUGAAAUUAAUUCAAAUGGAAUUUUAAAUUUGAAAGUAAUUUUUAUAUUAGAUUGUGGAAAUUAAAAACUUCAGGCAACAAUACAACUCAAUUAUUACAUUAAAUGGAGGAAUUUUGAAUAUGAGCCUCGUUAAUUUCUACAAUAUAAUGGCUAAUCCCCAAAGCGGAGUCAUUAUAUCGAAUUCAUGCAACUCAAACUAUUGUGGAGAAAUUCAUUUUAUCAAUAGCUCCGUUUCUUUGCUAAAUAAUGGAUAUGAAAUUAAUAAUGGUCUUGAAUUGGCUGGAUUUAUGGUACUCAACCAAAUAAAUUAUGUGGAAAUAGAAAAUAUUACAGCUGAGUAUAACUUAGUAAAUAACAAUGAUCCUGAAUUGUCAAAAAAUGCUAUGUUUACAUUUAACCAAAUUUUGAACUUCACUCUUCUAAACUCAAUUUUCGAGUACAACUUUAAUUAUGAUGGCUUUUUCUAUAUUAACCAGUAUCAAAUGGACAUGCCACUAAAAAUUGAUAAUAACAGCCAGCCAAUUUAUGAGAAUUUGAUAAAUAUUCGUAUAGAAAAUGUGCUUUUCCAGAACAACAGUGCCUCUAGAUCAUCAUUUUUGAUUCUCCAAUAUAAUAAGGAUCUUCAAAAUAUCUUAAUAAAUAACUGCACUUUUCUAAAUAAUUUUUCAGAAGACGAUGGAGUUAUAAGAAUUUCUUACAAAGGCAACCUUAUUCAAGAAUUCAUUAGUGGAGAUUGAGCAAUUAUUACAUUGGAUUCAGGCAAAAAACUAAAAGUAGUCUAUCCUCCAAAAACAAUAAUUUUUAAAUACUUGAAUUUUACUAAAAACUCUUUUGGAGGGCAAGGAAUUUUUUUAUCCAGCCUUCCAAAUCUUUCUAUUCUAAACUCAACUUGAAAUACAAAUGGAGACAAUUUAAACGAAGAUAUUAACACUGUGACUAUUAACUAUUUGAAAAGCUUGGGCUAUCUUUAUAUAAAUUCAUCAGUAGUCUCUUCAUUGCCAAGCUGUUAUUCAGUUAUAUCAACUGCUAGCAUAAAUAAUUUUAUCUUUGAUUACAACACUAUUUAUAAGAGUUAUUGUGCAAAAAACAAUGCAGGAUUAAUCUUAUCAAGCUGUAUAAAUCAAACAGUAGUUCAAAAUUCUUUUUUUAUCGAAAAUCAAUCAAGUGGGAAUAGCAUUGCUUUGGCUGCAACUAUGUCCACAGCGCUCAUUUUAAGGAACCUGACUUUUAAAGAUAAUUCUUUUUAUAACGGAAUUGGAAAUUCAGUUGCAUCUUUAAGCUCUUCUACAUCUAAAAGCAGCUUUAUAUUUAAAAACUGCAGUUUUAUUGGAGGAGAAACAUCAUUAUCUGCCAAUUCUGUACAAAAUCUCAUAGUAGAAGAUUGCAUUAUAGAUUCAGUUACUAGCUCUCUUUACAGCACACUAAUUUUUUAUGGUAGAAACUGAAUAAAUUCUACUAUUUCGUUUAAAAACUGUGAAAUUAAGAAUAAUAAUCCUGAUCUAGGCCAUAUCUCUUUUACUUCAACUGAAACUGUGUCAUCUAUUUCUGUAUAUAUGAGUGAUAUGACUUUCUCAAACAAUAUUGGGGGCAAGAAUAUUAUUUUUAUUGAUAAAAUGAUUAUUUUAGACUCUUCAAGCCAAAUCAUUUAUUCCAAUUUUACUAAUAAUGAAGCAACUUCAAUAUAUGCGAGAAUGCAAUCUGGAAUUCUUACUAUAGACUCAUGCAUUUUUGAUUCAAAUUCUGCUAGCUAUGCUGCAGUUUUAAACAUAGAUCACCCAACUCCAGCUGAAACACAUUUUUCAAAUAGCAAAAUAAUUUCAAAUAGAGGUAGCAAUAUUUUGUAUAUAAAUGGAAAUUCUGAUAUUACUCAAUUGUCUACUUCAUAUCUGUACUUUUAUAAUAAUACGAAUAAUGCGGCUAUUAUAGCUAAAGGAAAAUGAAUUGAUGAAUAUUCAUAUUUUUAUCAAAAUUCAGCAAUACAAGGAGGAUCAUUGAUUAUUAAAGAUAAAUCAGCUGUCAGCUUGAAAAAUACUGUUUUUAAAGAAAAUUUUGCAAACUCUGAUGGUGGAGCGAUUUAUAUGUCAGGAGCUUCAAAUAUAACUUGCGAUAAUUGUACGAUUUUUAACUUAACUUAACUUAGUGUCUGUAUUUAAGGUGUCUAGUGCCGCACCCCAUAAAAAUGGAGUUAUAGCGAAAAAUUGAUGACGUCGCCGGGCCAUCUUGGAAUCGCGAUGGUUAGCCCACCGGCCAAGCCUUCACCUGCACUUCGCCCUUCUUCGCCGCACGUCUCACCCGGCGCGUUGCCGUCGCCCUUGCCUCGACUCAGCUCCUGCGCGUGUUCCGCCUAAGGGUCAUCCUCCCGUGGGGAUGUGCUGAGAGGUAAAACUCCGAAAUCUUGAGCGCACUGAGGAGCUGUUCCUUUGGUUAUCCCCAAAGUUAAACAGCUAUUGCUGUGCAGAAGUUCUCGAGAGAAAACCCAACCCCAUAAAUAAAAUUCCAUGAGGGAGAGAAAAUUAGCAAAGCUAAUUUCUCUCGAACCGAAUGCCAUUUUAUUUAUGUACGAUUUUUAACAAUACUUCUAAUCAUGAUGGUGGAGGACUUGCAAUUGAGCAGAAUUCUAUUUUUAUAUUCAAUAAUUCAGUUUUUUCUGACUCUCCUCGUUUGUUAUAAAAAUAAACCAAAAACUUUUGAUUAAUAAUAUAUGCAAUGUUUUAAUAUUUUUUCAAGAGCCAUCUUGAAUUAUGAUUAAUAUUAUUAAAGACAGGCACUAGCAAUAUUGGUUAUGCAGCCACCAAAGGCAUUCCAUACGGGAGGUUUAUUCGCUUUAUUACAAACUGCCCAGUAGGUCAAGUCAUUACCAGUAAGGGUCCGAAGUAUUGCUAAGCACCUCCAUUUCCAACUACAGGAGAGCAGCCAAAACCUACCCAGAUACGCAUUUGCUGAGGUUGCACUUGCUUCUCAGCUUGGAUCCGUUCCAGCUUAUCGUAGUCUUAAGUUUUUGACUGCCGUAUUAAAGUGUAGCAUUUUAAUGUAUGACUUAAGUUAUACGAAAUUCAAUUUAAAAUUUUUAAAAAAAAUUAUUUAAAUGCAUUUUGAAUUGAUCUCGAUUUUUCAAAGGAUAAAAAUUUGCAAAAAAAUAUAUGAAAUUUUGGAACUUUAAUUUGAAAUCCUUACUCCCUCGUGAGCGAUCAAAAACCAUUGGAAGGCUCUCUGUUUUUGCCCAAAUCCCUAGGUGAGUAAACAAAAAAUUUUUUAUGAAAAAUAUUUUUAUAUAAAUGUGAUAAUUAUUAUAAUGAAAUCUGCAGCUAAUUCUGUUUAAUUUUAAACAGCUUGCGUUUUAAAACACAGAUUUUACAAAUUAAAAUAAUAUUCCUUUCGAUUUUUGAGAAUUGGGAUUUUUAAAAAAUAAGUUUUACUAUAAAAUUUCUAUACAAUUUUUUUUUAAAAAAAUUUAACUCUCUUUAAAAAUUGUUUAAGGAAAGUUAGAAAAUUAUUUAAUAAGCUAAAAAAUAAUAUAAAUAAGAACAAUUGAAUUGAUAUUUAUUUUAAGAGUAAGAAUCAAUGCGAACUAAGAGGAUCAGCCAUUUCAAUUCUCAACUCCGAAAUUUCCUAUUCCUAUCUUAUUAACACAGAAAUUUCAUAUAAUAAUGCUGGCUCUUUCGCUUCAAUAUUAUCAGACAGCGGCUUUUUUUCAUUAAUCAAUUGUUCAGUUUUUAAUAAUAUCGGCAUUACAAAUUCAGGAAUUUUUAUGAUAUAUUCUACUUGCAAUAUUUCUGAAACAUCAUUUUCAAAUCACACAGGAGCUAGUGGAAGUGACAUCUCUAUAAAUAUUGAAUCAAGUUUAUUUAUAUAUAACUCUGAUUUUUAUAAUUCUCAUUCUAUUAGCUCAGGAGGAAGCAUCUCAAUCACUGAUGGCUCUUUAGUGUGCGAAAAUUGCAAUUUUAAAAAUACAAAAUCACUUGCUGGUGGGACUCUUCAAUGCUCCUCUGGAAGUACAUGCAAAAUUAUAGAGUAUUCAUCCUUUUAGCUCACCGUAGGAUUGGCUUCAGCUUGACAGAUUAAUCUGAAACCUCCUCCACUUCUAUACAAAAGGGAUGGAUUUGUCAAAUUCUGUUUAGACUCUACCAAAGGGGUAGGAGUUGUCAGAUUUUAUUAGACAGGCUUGAGAUGGUCACAAUGGAAAUCAACCUGCAUUCUGUCGGUAUAAGGAUUCUUCUAUUAUCGGUAGCCAUUCAUCAUCGAUUGGCGGCAUCAUUUAUAUAUUUGACAGCACUUUUAGCAUCAUUAAUACUAAAAUCCAAUCAUAUGAAGGCUCUGCAAUUAAAUCAAGUAAAUCUCAAUCUAUUGAGAUAAUUGAUUCAGAAUUUAGCAAUGGACUUAAUAGCAUUGGUGCAGCUUUGAAUUUUUUAGAUUGUAUAAAUGUAACAAUAAUCCGUACUCAAUUCAAAAAUUUAUUGGCAUCUACUGGUGGUGCUAUAAAAUUUGACCAGACAGCUGUUACUUUAUCAGAUUGUAGUGCUAAUAUUGAAAGCUCGGUUUUUCAAAAUUGCAGAUCUCUGUAUGGAGGAUCUAUUUACUCGAAUAAUAUAAAUAUCAAUAUUAAUGACUGCCAAUUUUUAAAUAACUCAGCAAGUGAUUUAGGUGCAAAUAGUCAAUGCGCAGAAGGGGAAGGUGGAGCUUUAUAUUUGACGUCAACAUCUCAAGUCAGCAUUUCUAUUAAAAAUUCAGGUUUUUUUGAAAAUGCAGCAUGCUUAAGUGGCGGCGCAAUGAAAUGGUAUUUUUCUCAGCCAAUAAUAUCAAAUUUAUCAUUUUCAAAUAACUCAGCAUUAUAUGGAAACAAUUUAGCUUCAUUUCCUUUGAAUUUGCAAGUUUUAAACUAUAAAAGAAGGCUUGAAGUUCAAGUGCCAUCAGCUCCAGGACAAUAUUUGGCAACUCCUUUAAUUGUAGGUAUAAUGGAUCAUUAUAAUCAAACAGUUCUUACAGAAAAUGGAAGUACUUGUCAAUUAGAAGUUACUGAUAGCUCUAAUUAUUUUUUGUCAGGAAAAAUUAAAGUGCAAGCAUUAUCAGGGAUUUAUAAUUUUAGUGAGGUCAUUGUAAGUGGAGAUCCUGGAAGUACAGUAGGAUUUUCUUUUUCUUCGUCAAUUAUUUCAAGCAACACUUCAGAAGAUUCGCUCUAUUUUAAGCUAACUCCCUCUCCAUUAGCGAACAAAACCAUUGGAAAAUCACAUUUUUGGGUAAAAACCCACGUCAGCGGUGAACAAUAAAUUUUUUAUGAAAAAUAUUUUGAGAUCUAAGCAAUAGUUAUUAUUGAAAUCUAGCUAAUUCCGUUUAAUUUUAAACAGUUGAAUUUUAAAAACAUAAAUUUAACAAAUUAAAUUAAUGUUUGCUUUAAGAAAAAAUAUUAUUAAUUUUUUAAAACCCCUUCUUAAGUGAACAAUGCUUUUUAUCGCUAACGGAGGAGGGAAGUAAGAGAAUGCGAGGUUGGUGAAGUUUCUGCAUCUAAGAGUUGCCAAAUUUGUGAGGCUGGGACUUAUAAUCUGAUUGCAGGUGAGCCUUGUAAAGAUUGCCCAACAUCUGCUAAAUGCUAUGGGAAAAAUAAUAUUUUUCCUAAGCCAGGAUAUUGGAGAGUAAGUAAUUUGACUGAUAAUUUUUUGAAAUGCCCAAAUUCAAAUGCAUGCCUUGGUGGGAUUAGUGCAAAUAAUUCAAUAGGAGAUUGCAAAAAAGGCUAUUACGGAAAUUUGUGCCAGUCUUGCAUGGAAGGUUAUUCGAGAAAUGGAGAAGAUGUCUGCUCUAAAUGUCCGAAUUUAACCAUAAACUCUUUGAUAUUGACUGGAAUGACUGCUUUAGCUCUAACAAUUGUUGUUAUUAUGACAAUAUCUUCUUUUAAAUUAGCUUAUAGACAGAAAUCACUUACAUCAGUUUAUUUCAAAAUAUUUAUGAACUAUUUGCAGCUUGUCGUCAUUACAUCUUCAUUCAAUUUAAAUUGGCCUCAGCUUGUUCUUCAAUUAUUUGCAAUUCAAAAUUCUGCAGGGAGUAUGACUGAUCAGAUAUUUUCUGUCGAUUGCUUUUUACAAGGACCAAAAACAAAACCAUUUUUUUCGAAAUUGAUCUUUAUGGCUUUGCUGCCUUUAUUUUUGGCUCUUAUAACUAUGAUUUUUUGGACUGUUUAUUAUUUGUUUGUUAAGGAUAGAAAAUAUCUCAAGAAUAAAUUUAUAGGUUCUUUAGUUGUCCAAUUAUUUUUAAUACAACCCUCGCUUGUGAGGUACAACUUUUCUGCUUUUAACUGCAUGGAAAUAGAACCUGGCUCUUAUUAUCUUAAAUCAGACUUGAUAAUUCAGUGCUGGGAUAGUGAGCAUACCCUUUAUUCUAUAACUGUUGCGUUACCAAGUAUUUUAAUUUGGUGCAUAGCGAUUCCUGCUUUAUGUUUGUGGCAUAUACAUUUACAAAGAGAUCGCCUAAAUACUAUAGAACUAAAGCUGCAGUUUGGCUUUUUAUAUCUUGGCUUUAGAGAUAAAACUCAUUAUUGGGAAUUUAUAAUUCUUUAUAGAAAGAUUCUUAUUAUUUGCUGCUCAGUUUUUCUUGGAUCAAUAUCCAUUCGAGUUCAAGCCUUGACUGUUUUCUUUUUCGUGCUUUUGUUCUUUUUCUUCCAUCAAAGAAUUACGCCUUAUAAAACAGAGCAGCUUAAUUCUCUAGAAAAAAAAUCUAUAUUAGUGUCGGGGAUCACUAUUUAUUGUGGCUUAUACUAUUUAACUGAAGAAUUGGCAUACUCAUCAAGAGUGAUUCUUUUUGUUAUCAUUGUUUCAAUUAACCUAUUUUUUAUGGCACAAUGAAUGUCAAGUAUGACUGGAAUAGGACUCUGAAUUUUGUACUCAAAAUUUAGAUGGCUAAGGGUUUUAAUGCAUGGGACAAGAAUGGAAGAAUGGCUCAAAAACCUCUCAUCUAUUAAUAUAACUGAAAAUGAGCUAGAUUUAGAAAAAAAUGCAAAUCUAAAUGAAAUUCAAAAAGGGGAAGACUUAAAGAAUUGACGAAAAUUAAAAAUCAAGCAAAUUCAUAAUUCUCCAGAGGCAUCAAUAGCUGGAAGCAGCGCAGAAUAUGAAAAUUGUAUCGAUAAAGACAGCUUAACAAUUCCACAAGAAGCAGAUAAACCUUCAAAGCCAAAACUAGUGAGGUCUCCUACUUUAAAAGAAAUUGAGUAG